AAAUAGAACAGAUUUAGUCAUCAACCCUAGUAGGGGAUGGAACUCCGAUGGAAAAUUCCCAAAGUGUUGAAAUUAGGGCUGCCGUCGACCAAUAUUUGCGAUCUUUAUUGGGCCAUUACAGAUCUAGUCGUUCGUGCAGCAUCAGACAACCGCUGAUAGGGCAGACCCGACCGACCUCGUUCCCUUCAUCGCGCAGCCGUACAAUGGGUUCCCACUGAUCGAAUAACCUUUUCCAAUCGAGUACAGUGGUUCCCUUCCUCUGUCGAGUGCUCCAGCCGCCGUCGGAGGUCUUCAAUCGCAGCCGUCAUAGCCGAUCGGACAGCCUUCAAUCGCAACCCAGUCGACCUUCAAUUGCAGCCCAGUCAGCCUUCAAUCGCUUCUGCCCGGUCCUUCAAACCAAGUGCCGGUCCAACCGAACCAACCAGUCCAGCCGAACCCGAUCCAACAAGCCCAACCGGUUCAUCAGGCCCAUUUAUUUGUCCAGCCGAUCACUACCCCCACAGCAGCAGAGACUGUUUCUUCGGGGGUUUAUGGGCAGAAAUAACCCACAGUGGGUUUUGGCGGAACCAUUGAUUUUCAACAACAAUUGGCUAAUUUGCAGCAGAUUUAUGCGCUCGAGGCAGCCUUUAGAUCCAUGACAAAUCCUUCGACCAACUUUCAUCCAGAUGUGUAUUCGGGCCUCCCGUUAUGUUUAGAAACACCAGUAAUUGCUUACCCUACUUUACCUAUUGCAAACAUUAUGCUUGGUUCUGGAGGCAAUUCUGCAGGAAUAACUAUCGGAGAAAAACUUAAAGGCCUAAACUAUUUUUCCUGGUCUCAACCUGUAAAAAUGGUCCUCGAGGGAAGGCACAAGUUCAGAUAUCUAACUGGGGAGAUACAAGACCGAACCCUGGGGAUCAUCAGGAACGUAUAUGGAAGGGGGAGGAUUUCCUCCUCCGCUCGAUUUUGAUAAACAGUAUGGAAUCCUAGAUCAGGAAGCCUCUACUUUAUUCAGCGUUAGCUCGGGAUAUUUGGGAAGCUGUUCAGAAACUAUAUUCGAAGAGACAGAACGCUUCACGACUUUAUACAUUGAGGAAACAAGUACAUGAGUGCAAGCAGGGGACUCUUGAUGUAACGUCCUAUUUCAAUAAAUUGUCACUAUUGUGGCAAGAAAUUGAUCUGUGUCGGAAGUAGUUUGGAAUUGCCCAGUCGACGGGAUUUAGUAUUUGAAGAUUGAGGAGGCUAACUGCGUAUAUGAUUUCCUGGCGGCUUGAACUUGAAAUUUGAUGGCAUCGGAGCCGGAUUUUGGGACAAAGACCGAUGUCAUCCCUGAUGGAAGUUUGCUCAGAAGUCAGAUUAGAAGAAGAUAGAACCAGUACUAUGAAUGGUACAACAACCACUACCUUAGACUUUGCUGCAUUUGGAGUCAAGUCGUUUGGAUCAGAGAGACAAACAAAUGGAAGGCCCCGGCCAAUUUGUGAACGCGGACCUGAGCUUGGGGAAGACGAUUGGCACUGCCCGGCACAAUAGGGGACUCUAUUUCCUUUCCGAUGAUGCUUCUUCUAGGAGUUUGUCUAGGAUUAGUUUAUUGUCUUCUCUUACUGUUUCUGAAACUGAUUUUUUAUUGUCACUUUCGUCUUGGACCUCGAAGCUUUCAUUAUAUGAAAUAUCUGUUUCCCCACUUAUUUUGUAAUGUAAAUGUGUUGUCUUUAUUUUGUGAUGUUUGUAUUCGUGCAAAGUAGCCCAUGGCCUCUUUUACUUCACAACCCUAUAAACCUUCCCAAUCUUUCCACUUGAUACAUAGUGACAUUUGGGGUCCGUUUAAUGUCACAACUGUAUCAGGUAAACAGUGGUUUGUCACCUUCAUUGAUGAUCACACUCGUCUUACAUGGGUGUUUCUCCUUAUAGACAAAUUUGAAGUGACGGCGGUAUUCCAACAGUUUUACACUAUCGCUGAAACUCAAUUCAAUACCAAAAUUGUCAUUCUUCGGAGUGACAAUUGAUGUGAGUUUAUUAAUUAGUCCCUUCGUGAGUUUUUAACCUUUAAAGGCAUCAUCCACCAAAAUUCCUGUGCCCAUACCCCUCAGCAGAAUGGGGUGACUAAGUGGAAAAACCGCCACCUUAUUGAAGUAACCCGAUCUCUCAUGAUACCGACAUCCUUACCCUCGUAUCUAUGGGGAGAUACUGUACUUACUGCAACUCAUCUCAUCAAUCGGAUGCCCUCUCGUGUGCUCAAGUUCCAAAAACCCUUAGAGUAUUUUAAAGAGUCUUUCUCGUCCACUCGCCUUUUCCCAGAUGUUCCCCUUAGGGUGUUUGGCUGUACCGUUUUUGUUCAUAAUCAUGGUCCCCACCAGAGUAAGUUUGCUCCUCAGGCCAAAAAAUGUGUGUUUGUUGGGUAUCCACUUCAUCAACGGGGCUACAAGUGUUUUCAGCCUUCCUCUCGAAAGUAUUUUAUCACCAUGGAUUCCACCUUUCAAGAGGACAAACAAUUUUUUCCUGUUAGUCCUCUUCAGGGGAAGACCACUAGUGAAGAGGCUAAUGCAUCUGCCUACUCUGUUCCUUUAGACCUGUUUCCUGAGCCUAUUCUUGAAACAAAUGACUCUGUCCUUACAAAACAAGUGUUUUGGAUAACCUACUAUAGGAAGAAUCUCCGAAAAGAAAUAGUUCCCAAAAUAGCUCCCUCUGUUGCUCCACCAGAAGGUGUCCAAGAGUCAAAACCAGAACCAGCUCAAGGUACCUCUAUUCUUGAUGAUAAUGAAUAUGUUGAAGGUGAUGUAGUGAACUCUGGCAAAGUUAGGAUCGAUGGUGGUGGUGAAUUUUCAGGUGAUACACAAGGAACUGAAAAUGUGCAACAGUUGGGUACAGAUAAACAGGUAGACAAGACUAGUGAGAUUGAUGCUACCUUGGAUUUACUGAUUACCCUACGGAAGGGUACGAGGUCCUACACCAAACACUCUAUGAAAAACUUCUUGUCCUACAGUAACUUGUCUACGAGAUUUAAGGCUUUCACUACCAGCCUGGAUACCGUGAUGAUUCCAGGUAAUGUGCACAAGGCUCUGGAAGUUCCUGAAUGACAAGUCGCAUUUAUGGAGAAAAUGCAGACACUUGAGACAAACAGAACGUGGGAUCUGGUUGUUCUUCUGAAAGGUCACAAAACAGUCGGGUGCAAGGGGUGUUCACUGUCAAAUACAAGUCUGAUGGGACGUUCGAUAGAUAUAAAGCCAGGUUGGUUGCAAAAAGGUUCAUUUAGACAUAUGGGGUGGAUUACUUAGAAACCUUCUCACCUGUGGCAAAACUUAACACAAUUCGUGUUCUUCUCUCCGUUGCCGUUAAUCAAGACUGGCCCUUACAUUAAUUGAUCUGAAAAAUGCGUUUCUGAAUGGUGAGUUGGAAAAAGAGGUCUAUAUGAACCCACCUCCAGGUUUUGAAGCAUGGUUUGGCAAUCAGGUUCGCAAAUUAAAGAAGCCUCUGUAUGGCCUGAAGCAGUCUCCUAGAGCCUGGUUCGAUAGGUUUACUAUCUUUGUCAAGUCCCAGGGGUUGGUUCAAGGGCAUUCUGAUCACACCUUGUUCACUAAGAGGUCAACACCAGGAAAAGUAGCUGUUCGGAUUGUCUAUGUUGAUGAUAUUAUCUUGUCAAGUGAUGAUUCAAUAGAGAUUGGUAGGUUGAAACAAAAGAUGGCAGAUGAGUUCGAGAUCAAAGAUCUUGGUGACUUGAGAUAUUUCCUAGGAAUGGAGGUAGCAAGAUCAAAGGAAGGGAUCUCGGUGUCUCAGAGGAAAUAUACGCUUGACUUGUUGAGAGAAACUGGAAUGACUGGGUGCAAACCUGCAGAUACGCCAGUAGAAGUCAAUAGCAAUUUGGUAGAAUCAGUAGAAGAUGUCCCUGUUAAUAGAGAAAGAUAUCAACGGCUUAUGGGGAAGCUGAUCUAUCUUUCACAUACCAGGCCUGAUAUAUCGUAUGCAGUUAGUUUGGUUAGUCGGUUUAUGUAGGCUCCUUAUGAAAGACACAUGAAGGCAGUUACAUAGAUUCUGAGGUAUCUAAAGUCUACGCCUGGAAAAGGCUUGGUGUUCAGAAAACAUGACAAAAGAUGCAUUGAGGUCUACACAGAUUCCGACUGGGCUGGUUCCAUUACUGAUAGAAAGUCUAUCUUGAGAUAUUGUACUUUUGUGUGGGGAAAUUUAGUUACCUGGCGGAGUAAGAAGCAAGGUGUCGUGGCUAGAAGUAGUGCCGAAGCAAAAUACAGAGCUAUGAGACUAGGUAUUUGUGAAGAAAUUUGGUUGAAAAAGGUUCUGGUAGAUCUUCAUCAGGAAAGUCAUGACCCGACGAGAUUUUAUUGUGAUAAUAAGGCUGCUAUUAAUAUUGCUAACGAUCCUGUCCAACACGAUAGAACCAAACAUGUUAUCUACGCCCAGAGAAACUAAUCAACCGACACUUCAUCAAAGAGAAACUGAAUAACGGUAAUAUCUGCAUUCCCUUCCCUAUGUUCCGUCCAGUCAAUAGAUAGCGGAUGUCCUCACCAAAGGGUUAUCGAGAUAGACAUUUGACACCGGUGUUAGCAAGUUGGGUCUCAUUGAUAUCUACGCCCCAACUUGAGGGAGAGUGUUGAAAAUGUUGUUUAGCCUUAAGGGCAUUUUAGUUUUUUUACGUGGUGUCUACAGUUUAGGGUUUCUUACCUUUGACUAUUUAUACCUGUUUCUAUAUUGUGUUUGACAAAACUCACCAUCUAACACCAAUCCAUGCUUAAAACGCUUCUUCAAAUAAGCAAUGGCAGUAUCAUUUGACGAAGCAUUAUCAACUGUCAAUGUCAUAACCCUUUCAAUACCCCACUGUUUUAGAUAUUUCUCAACCUCUUUUCCUAUCGUCUCCCCUCUAUGAUUCUCAAUUUGGGUGAAAUUAAGAAUUCUCUUAUGUAAUUUCCAAUCUUUAUCAAUAAAGUGUGCAGUCAAAAUCAAAUAGUUCAUAUUUUAGAUUGAUGACCUCGUAUUAGUUGUGAGUGACACUCUAUAUCCUUCUUUCACAAAAAUGUCUUUCAACUUCUCUUUCGUGCUAUCAUAUAUUCCCAAAAUAUCCUUAGCAAUUGUUUUUCGAGAAGGAAGAACAAAAUUAGGUUCUACUAACGUCAAAGUCCCAUUCAUAAACCUCUUCAAUCCUUGGUUCUCCACGAAUUUAAAUGACAACUCAUCUAUUACAAUCAUCUCAGCAAGUAGUUUUCAAGCACUCUCAAUAGUAAACAUCUUAUAACUAAUGGAUGAAUGUGAUUGUGAACCAUCUCCAAUACCCUCAUUCUUCUUAAAAACCAAUUUUGUGUUACAUCUAACUUACACUUCUUAAUGUGGUAAGGAUUUUUUUUUACAAUAGUGUUCAAUAUGCAUUCUCAUAGUUGAAUUUCCAUUCCUUCUAGGAUGACAUGUAUACACCAUACCACAAUAGUUACAUUUAGCAUGUGGAUCAUCAUCAUUAUAUUUAGAACAUUUAGUAAAGUGAUCCCAUACUAUAGAUAAAUUUUUUCUUUUUCUUCCAUUUGCAUGCUUUGAAACUAUCUCCUCACUUUCAUCUUUUCGUGGUGGUGGUACUGGUGGCAUCACAACAACAUCAUCAUUGGAAUCGUUGCUCUUGCUCAAGCUCAAGUUCAUUGUGAUGGUACCUAUAAAGGGGGAAGUAGAGAGAAAACUUAUUACCAUCAAAGAAAAUGAGAUUAAAAUUCUAUGAAAAUCAUUUACUUAAACUAAAAAUUCAAAUAUUCCAUUGAAUUGAACCCUCCCUCCCUCGGUAGUUGGCCUCCACCACAACCACAUAUUCUUUUUUUUUUUUCUUUUUUUUUUUUUUUUUUUUACCUGAAUGCCCGAUGCCGAGCAAAAUGGGUGGAAUCUUUUGUCGAGACUGUCGACAUCAAGGGAGAAGGAGAACUGAUGAGUGAAGACUGAGGGAAGACGAAGAGAUGGAAUCGGAGAUAAAGAGGACGAGAGAUAAAGACGAAGAGAUGGAAUCGACUGAGGACUGAGGGAAGAUGAAACCUGAGGUCGAAGUUUCGAACGAGUGGCUGAAGGCUGAAGUUGAAAUGAAGAGUGAAGAAGACGAAGACUCGAACUCGAAGCUGAAAUGAAGAGUGAACUGUGUAUGACGAAUCAGAAUCACGAAUCAGAGCGAGCAGUGACCACAAACCCUAAACGAAAGUAGAAGAAAGGAAACGUUUUCAUUUUAUAUAUUAAUAUUAUAUAUAUAUUGAAACGGUUCGGUUCGGUUUAGGAACCGAUUUUCAAACUUGGAACCGAACCGAACCGUUUAAAUUCAAUUUUAACAUUCCAACGAACUGCAUCGAACCGAAUUUUUCGGAUUUGCUGAUAAAUCGGUUCGGUUUAAGAGGUUUUGCUGUCCACCCCUAGUGUCUAUGUGUAAAAAAUCAAUACAAAACUCUUAUCGUGGUUUUUUCUUCCUAGUCUAGGGUUUUCCACGUAACCUUGGUGUUUUCUCUUCUACCCUUUAGUUUUCAAUAUUAUGAUUAUAUUUUUUUUUAAAACAGAAGCAAGACUUUUUUUUAGUUAUGAUUAUAAUUUUUUAUAUGUGCGUUGUGGUUUUGAAUAGUUUUAUUGCACAUUCUUAACUACUAUCAUUUUAUGUGACUUUUUUAUUAAAAGAAUUAUUUUAUGUGAAUUUUAUUAUUGAUGU